AUGGAAGGGUCGUCUGCUGCUCAGACCGCGUCACUACCUCGCCUUAGGCUUUCAAGACAGCCUUUUGUCCCGGUGGCAGGACAUUCCGAUACUGACGAAGAUGCUGGGCCGUCGCGUCACCCACAACAACAACAAGACCUUGAUGAUACCCAACCUACUCCACGAAUAAACAAUAUUCAUGCUACGGAACCUGCGGAUCGUCUACGAGCAUUACUCGCUCUAACCAAGUCACCGCGCCCUCCAUCUCCCUCUGAUGUCGAGUCCGACUUCGAGCCACCCCGGUUUAGUCCGAGAGAGAGCCUGAAGGACAUGUUUUCACGCGUUUUGGCCGACACACCGACCAAAAGAGUGCGCAGGGGCAGUACGAGCGAGGUGGAAGAAGGGCCCAGUAGCGGGAAACCCAAAGGGAAGCGGAAAAGCCUCAGCGAUGAAGAGGCCUCUUUUUCCCAGCACACUGCAGAGACGACCUCCUCCCAAGCAGCCACAUACGACACCCUGCGUGCAAAGCUCGACAAUUCCCACACACCACUCAAACAUCAACCAGUCCCCUCCGCGUUUUAUGACACCUCUAAUGCAGACGUAUCCGCCGAGACUGCUGGCUCUCAUUUCAUGGAAGGGACCCAACCAAUGGCGACAAGCACUCCCCCACACUCAUUGGAGAUCUCGCAAAACUCCAAAUUCCAGGCGACCAAUCUCAUGGAUAACGACUCUGAGAUGGACCAUUUUAUCAAGGAUCUUGACAGCUAUGAGGGCGAUUCAGGACCGAACUCUCGUCCAAGUAUGUGGCCCUCUAGUGUCAAUGAAGUCAUAACGAGCCAACCUUUGCAGUCUCAUUCCCUGCUCCCCGCGGACGACCGCCUCGCCCAGGAUCGUCUACUGCUGAUAGGAAGUCAUUCCAUGGUUCCACUCCUGUCUCUCGUGCCAGGACCCAGUCUGGUCACGAAGGUAUCACCACUUCCGCGCUUUUUCGUGGAUUCCACUGACUGGAUCGAAGUACACGACUCUCCAGACCAUCUCCACGACCUCGAAAGAAAGUGGAAUCAGCACCAUCUGAAGCCUACCGACAAGAACCAUUCUCCGAUGGUCGCCGUAAAUGGGCACGUUCGUGCGAGAACACGAAGCAGUAGCUCUUUGCACAGUUUAGACAGCGGCGGCUCUUCCUCUAGGGGCACCUCGACAACUUCACAAUCAGACUACAAGGAGCGGAUGAUGGACUUUGAGAAGGAGAAAGCCCAUGAAAGAGAACAAGGCUGGAAUAAGCGAUAUUCCUUACACGCUAGUUCGACUUCAAGUCUGCUGCCGCCUGUCGAGCGUACCCGGAAAUUGAGCCAUCCUUCUCGACCUGGCUCAUCACUGUCUCUCCAUUCCCCAUCCCGGGGCGCGUCUCCUGCCUCCGCUGCUACCUCACCAACAACAUCGGAUGAAGAAGAGCGUGUGCAUCAUGAAAUCGACCACGAGCGGGAAAGAAAUUGGAAUGCACCGAAGCCCAAGUGGGGGAAGCAUGAACGUAUCCAGCAUGCCCAUCAUCGCUCGCCAUCUCCUCUACCAGCUUCUCCAGUUGCAUCAACUUCGCGUCCAGAACGAUCACGUGUUGACAGUCUCACUCGUCGAGCAACUCCGAAGGGAGAAUCUCUCACUGUGGCUCGUGUCAGUCCAGUCCCCACUUCCACAAGCACACUUCGGCAUGUUCGGUCCAAGUCCUCGAUAUUGUCCCCCACUCAACAAAGGCCACUGAGCUACCCAGCGCGACCCAACUCGCCACUCCCCCCUCUUCAGACGCCCUCAAAAUUCGCUGGACAAUCGGUCACUCAGCUCACUUCACCUGAACCCGAGCCAAGUCGUUCAAGGCUACGAUCGUCACCGUCGCCGGUAAUCUCCACCCGGCCUGCAAAUUCUGCGAAUCGCCAUUCGAUGAGCCAUAUUCCUGUCCUUUCACGAUCACCAAUGAAGCCUAUUGGGAAAGCGCCAGCCAAUGGAUUGAACCGACCUGUUGCCGAAUUUCCGCCACACACUGUGACACCAAGUAUAGUCGAGCCGCCCAUGCAAUCUGAUAUGGAGGAUCCCCCAGAUGCUGCGACACCCGAAGAUGACGGAACUCCCGUCGCUGCCCCAGUUAUUUUACCAAAACACAGUCCCAGUCCUUCUCCCCCCAGACGUAUUGCUACACCUGAAGAGGACGUGCAGCUUCAGAAAGCACUUUCAAUUCCUCCGCCUCCCUCUCCGCCUCCAUCGCCACCACACGCUGAGCCACAAAUUGCCGAGCCACCGACGAUGUUAAGUCUUUUGUCAACUCCUCCCAGACGACCAUCCUUCCACAAUUCCAAGUUGGAUUUCAAAACUCCAUCACCUCCCCAUGACCUUCCUGAACUACCAGAACCCUCUUCGUCGGACGAAGACACGGAAACAGAGCGUCAGGCUCUGACCCCCCUUCGAUUUUCGGAAAUGACAAUGAAGACCCCGAAGCCGCCUGGAGGGUGGUAUACCCCUGCAAAGGCGGAUAGCGAAAGUGAUUCACAGUACGAGGGUGGUCUCGCCACGCCAGGCCCUUCGCUUUCCCGAGCGUCAGCAUUUCCUGCUGUUACUCCACAUGCACCUGGUGGUUGGAUCAAUACGCCUAUGCGCAAGAGUGUGCUCCAAGUCAGGUUUGACGAGAAGCCGUCUGAACUUGAGUUGUCGGCUACAGAGGAGUCGGUCAAUGGUCACUCAGAGGAGGUCUCGGAUAUUGGUCUAGCGACGCCUGUGGAGGAGAAGGAUCACUUCAACGAGCGUCCUCCUGAGACUCCUCCGCCAGUUUCCCCAGCGAAGAGUCCCCGACGAUCACCUACGAUCCAUUUUGUCGAUGCCUUUGGACGUUCCACUAAACCGAGUCCCAAGCAAAGUCGCAAGUCGAAGAAUAGCCUCAAAAACCGCAAAAACUCCGUUCGGUAUCUGGACGCCAUGGGCCAGGAAACCAAAACAGAGAUCAAGGAAGAGGUGAUGGUGGCACCUUUAGACAAGUCCAACGCUCUGAACUUUGUCCGCAAUGGAGUCAGUGAUCUGGCCAGUGGGUUGGAUGACAUGGAUUUAUCCGCUGAUAUGUCAGAACUGGAUAAGGAGCGCAUCCUUGAACUUAACAACGAAUCGCGAGCCGCAAGGGCCGCGAGAAACGAUCUAGAGGAGGCAUAUCGUCGGCAGUCGGCUCAGCUCCGAGCAAGUAUGCUUCGCAGCAAACUCGCAAUUGAAACCGUUCGAUCGCCCUCACCAAGAAUAUGGCUAUGGUCAAUCCUCAUUAUGUCCCAAGCACUAUUUAUAUUUUUGCUUUAUCGAUACCAAACUCGGAAGGUGCAUGAAUUGUACCUUACGACUUACUAUGACCCACUCUACCCCGAUCUCCACCACAUCUAUGGCAACAAAUAUGACCUUUUCGCAAUUCCUCGCACUGUAACAUCCAUUAGGACUUUAUCAAACACAUUCUGGCAGGAGGGGCUAUGGGCCGUUAUGGGCAACCUUUUCGACACUGGUGGGAUGAUUCUUUCACAGUGGCAGCGAGACGCAUGGAGAAGAUGGGGAGCACAAGAUAUACCAUGGCCACCUACCUAA